UAACCCUGAUUAACUGUUUGCAUUCUAGACAGGAAGUAAAUUGUUAAUACUUCGAAAACAAGAAAAUGGGCGUCGUUUUCUAGGAAUAUUUAGGACAUAAUUACACUCUAGUGGACGGACACUAAAUAGAUCAGAGCGUAAAACAGGUAAUGGCUGGAAAAGGAUCAACAACAUCAUCAUCAAGUCAUCUACUGGUAGCAGCUUUUGACUUUGGUACAACAUACAGUGGGUAUGCAUUCUCCUUUCGUGAUGACCCCAUGAAAAUACAAACAAAUCAGGGAUGGAACGCCGGAAGUGAGAAAUUAAUCUCGUUGAAAACCCCUACAUGUGUACUCUUGAGGCCAAACAAACAAUUUGAUUCCUUCGGGUUUGAGGCCGAAAACAAAUACGCUGAUCUCGCCGAGGACAACAAACACCAUGGAUGGAUGUUGUUCAAAAGGUUUAAAAUGUUGCUUCAUAACAAUGACGGGUUGAAUAGAGCAUCAACGGUUGAAGACAUCAAUGGAAAGUCCAUGCCGGCGAUGCAAAUAUUUUCUAUGGCAAUCGGAUUUCUCCGUGAUCAUUUGCUGAAAGCCUUGAACGCUCAGACAGUUGGUGUAAACGAGAACGACCUGCAAUAUGUGAUUACUGUACCGGCAAUUUGGAAUGACAAUGCAAAACAGUUUAUGAGGGAGGCAGCAACCGAGGCAGGUCUUGAUUCAUCUCGUUUAAAGCUUUCCUUAGAACCCGAAGCUGCCUCGAUUUGGUGUCAGACUGUAACAACGGAUUUGAAGAAAUCAUUAUCGGAUGUCGGGUGUCAGUAUAUGGUCGUGGAUCUUGGCGGUGGAACAGCGGACAUAUCAGUUCAUGAAAAGAAAGCUGACGGCUCUCUCAAAGAAAUUCACAAAGCAAGCGGGGGACCGUGGGGUGGUACCGCCGUUGACAAGAACUAUUUUGAUUGGUUGACAAAUCUUUUUGGACAAAGGACAAUGGAAAGGUUCAAACGAGAACAGAUGGCCGACUAUUUUGAUGUACAAAGAGAAUUUGAGCUAAAGAAACGCAACAUAAUGACCGAUACGACUGGAAAAAUUACAUUCAGAUUGUCAGCUUCACUUAGGGAAAUAUAUGAAGAGGCAGAAGGAGCAAAUUUAAAAAGGAAAGUUGCUGACAUGAGUCUCAAUGACAAGGUUACCUUUACCAGCGACAAACUGAGGCUAGAUGUUUCGAUCGUAAGGGGCUGGUUCAGAGUACCGAUCAAUGAAAUAAUAGUGCAUAUGAAGAACCUGCUGGCAGAAGAGAAGAUGAAGAACGUAAAGAAAAUAUUACUUGUAGGCGGAUUUGGAGAAUGUCAGCUUGUACAAGAGAAUCUACGCAGUCAACUCCAAAAUAAAACUGUCAUUGUCCCGAAUGAGGCCGGCCUGGCAGUCUUGAAAGGUGCUGUAAGAUUUGGACAUUUGCCAAACAUUGUGUCAUCCAGGGUUAUGAAGUAUACUUACGGUGUUGCAGUUGUUGUUGUCAAUGAUUCCGAUUCGCAAUCUGGUUCUGAUGCUGAAAACAAAAGUUCAGACGACGAUGAACACUGUGAUGAUUCUGAUUCCGAUGGUUAUGAUCAGCACAAUUCGCUAACAUACCAAGAGGAUAAUAACUCUGUUGUUCAUAUUUUCGGUGACAAUGAUCAGUACAGUUAUCAUGGAGAAUUGGUAGAUGAUAACAAAUCUAGUUCGGAAGAAGAGUCCAAUGAUGACAAAUCUGUUGUUGACGAUGUGUUUGACAAAUUUGUUGAAACUGGGGAAGAAAUUCCUGUCGGACAUGAAGUAAAAAGAGUUUACACUCCGAUGAACCCAGAUUGCGUUGAGAUACCCGUAUACUGUUCUUCAGAUCCUGACCCGGAAUUAGUAACCGAUCCAGGCUGCAAAAAGCUAGGGGUGCUCUCGAUAGAUUUCCCGGAUGGCGUCACAUGCGAAGAUAACGAAAACGAAGUAACUUUGAUUUUUGGUGAUACAGAGCUGAUAGUAAAGGCGAAAAUCCUAAGGACGGGACUUGAAUUUUUUACAAUAAUUGACUGUCUGAAGUGAGCAAUAAGGCACAUCAAGUACAUAUAUUGCGUAUGCAGACAUGCAACGAUUAUAUACUAAUAAAUACAUUUCUUUGUCUUGGUUUACGUUUAGAUUAGAAUCACUUCAACACUUAGGGCAGAUACUUCAAAUAGGCAAACAAAUCUAAAUUAAAAAGACAGAUCUUGCGGUUUCUUCCUUCUGAUUCUCUAAAUCUAAUAAUACAUAUAUAUUUUCUGUUUUGGUCUACUUGCGGUUCUUUAAGUAUUGAAUAGAAAAUCAUAUCACUUGCACAAGUCAUGUUGUUUCAUGUCGAAUGUGUAGAAAUUAACGAUAAUUAUUAUUGAGGAUUACAAAUAUAUAUUGUGUGAACAUUUCGUAUUUAAAAAUAUGAACAAUUAAUACACAGUAUCUGUGUGAACAUAUUAUAAACAUCUUUGUGUGUAUAAACAGUACUGUGUUGUUUGCUUAAAAGGAAUAACUGUAGAAGUUAACACAGUAUGGUUAUGUAGUGCUACUGAAAGGCUUGAAAUUGCUAUUUAAUCGGAUUGCAGACAAAUUUGACUGUACUUUAGCAGUUGCUUCUUAUGAUGGACACCAUUUUUACAAGUUAUGCGGCCGAAGUCCUAGGCUCCAAAGACUGUCAUUACUAUCAUUUUGAUUCCAUACCGUACAAGCAACUUUGAGUUUACAUUCAUCAAAAUGUGAGAAGUUGUUUGAAGAAAACGCCUUAUCAAAUCCUAUGGGCAACUGACCCACAAGAUGUUCACAGUUAUCAUUUAUAAAAAUAAAGAUUUCCUGUACCAUUA